GAAUGGCACUUCCACGGACUGUGUUGACAGGACAGAGAGUUGGAACCGUGGGCAGAAAGCCAAAGUCAACAUCGCAGCCAGGAAAACACUGCCUGCCGUGCUGCACGGGGGGACCCUCGAGCACCAUCCGUUUGUAAGUGGCGGGAGACCCUCAGCCCGGAAUCACAGACGCAACUGCCCUUUCAGGAUGAUUUUAUUCAGGCAAGCGGCUUAUUUCAUCUGCUUGUUUGCCACAGUUUCCGGUGGAUGCCUCACUCAGCUCCACAAGGACGUCUUCUUCAGGGGUGGUGAUGUCAGCGCCGUGUACAGCCCCAGCGCCAAGCACUGCCAGGCGGUGUGCACGUUUCACCCGAAGUGCUUGCUCUUCAGCUUUCUUCCGGAAAGUUCGACCAGUGACACAGACAAAAAGUUUGGUUGCUUCUUGAAAGACAGUGUUACAGGAACCCUGCCAAGGAUGUCCCGGACAGGUGCAAUUUCUGGACCUUCCUUAAAGCAAUGCGGUCAUCGAAUAAGUGCUUGCCACAGAGACACUUAUGAAGGAAUUGACAUGAGAGGAGACAACUUUAAUGCAUCCAAGGUGGAGAGUGUUGAAGAAUGCCAAAGGAGGUGCACCAACAACAUUCACUGCAACUUCUUCACCUACGCCACCCGAGCAUUUGCCAAUGCAGAGCACCGGAACAGGUGCCUGUUGAAGCACAGUGCAACGGGAACACCGACCAGUAUAAAGGCGCUGAAAAACGUGGUGUCUGGAUUCUCCCUGAAGCCCUGCGCACUCUCAGAAAUUGGUUGCCACAUGAACAUGUUCCAACAUCUCGCGUUUUCGGACAAGGAUGUGGCCCGAGUGAUCACCCCGGAUGCCCUUGUGUGUCGAACCAUUUGCACGUAUCACCCCAACUGCCUCUUCUUUACGUUCCAUACAGAUGCCUCGCCCACAGAAUCACAGAGAAAUGUUUGUUUACUUAAGACUUCCAAAAGCGGAACCCCAAGCGCCCCCAUGCCUCAGGAAAACGCCGUGUCUGGAUAUAGCCUCCUAACCUGCAAAAGAACUUUGCCUGAGCCCUGCCAUUCAAGACUGUAUGCAGGAGUUGAUUUUGCAGGGGAAGAACUGAGCAUGACCUUCGUUAAAGGAGCAAGCGAUUGCCAAGAGACCUGCACGGAGACGGUCCGCUGUCAGUUUUUCACGUAUUCUCUACGCCCAGAAGACUGUCGGGGAGACACGUGCAAGUGCUCCUUACGGUUCUCUGAGGACGGUUCCCCCACCCGGAUUACAUACGGGACACAAGGAAGAUCCGGCUAUUCUUUGAGACUGUGUAGAAGUGGAGAUGACACCGGCUGCACCACGAAAAUGGCCACGCGCAUCGUCGGAGGAACCAACUCUUCCUGGGGAGAGUGGCCCUGGCAGGUCAGCCUGCAAGUGAAGCUGAAAACCCAGAAGCACGUGUGUGGAGGCUCCAUCAUUGCGGACCGGUGGGUCCUCACUGCCGCCCAUUGCUUCAACGGGCUCUCCUAUUUGGACACGUGGCGCAUUUAUGGUGGCCUUUUAAACUUGUCAGCGAUCACAACAGAAACACCUUUCUCCCAGAUCAAAGAGAUUAUUAUUCACGAAAACUAUAGUAUCGCAGAAAACACGCAUGACAUUGCCUUAAUAAAGCUCGAGGCUCCUUUGAACUUGACCGAAUUCCAGAAGCCGAUAUGCCUCCCCUCCAGAGACGACGCAAACGUAAUGGACUCCAACUGCUGGAUCACGGGCUGGGGCUACACCAGGGAGAGAGGUGAAAUCCAAAGUAUCCUACAAAAGGUAAAAAUUCCUUUGGUGACAAACGAAGAGUGCCAGAAAAGAUACAGAGAUUAUGAAAUAACCAAACGGAUGAUCUGUGCUGGCUAUAAAGAAGGGGGGAAAGACGCUUGUAAGGGAGAUUCAGGCGGCCCCUUAGUUUGUCAGCGCAACGAAAUGUGGCAUCUGGUGGGCGUCACCAGCUGGGGCGAAGGCUGUGCCCGCAAAGAACAACCGGGCGUCUACACCAAAGUUGCUGAGUACGUGGACUGGAUUUCCGAAAAAAUGCAGGGAGGCGAUGGACAGUUUUGACGAAGUCGCCAGCGUGAGGAAGCUUCGUAGAUGUCGGGCGGAGCCCGCAAUUCAAAUCCUAGCCCUUGGUGUGCUUGUCUGCGGAAACACGGACAGCGACAUUCGUCCUGUGUCCUUUUUGCAAACAUAAAAAGGGACAAUGCCUACAAAGUCGCUCAGGGUGGUGUCGCCCAGAGGCAUGCUCUUAGCCUGGGGCAACAAUGCUAAUAACAGGAGAUGCUAUCUAAACAUCUCGAUUGCUUGUUGUGAAAUAAAAUUGCAAAAGAGUGGGAUAAAGAGUGAUUUUUAUUUUCUGAUUGUGAAACAGAGCUGAAGAAAAAUGCCCCUAGAUUCUAGCACAGUGUCCGAGACCAUUCUGAUUUAACUGCUUUCUCCGGAACUCAGUGUAUCCCAGAGAUCAUUUCUUCUCUGUGCUUCUCCCACACGGUCGUUAAGUCUACCACUGCCUGCCUCACUGGGGGUGAAGAGCCAGUAAGCUUGAGUCAUUCGUUUGUGUGUUUGUUUGUUUUAUUGCCAAGUGGAGGAGAAGAAACCUGUGCAGCAUUUACUUUCCUAAGGAAAGGCUUAAGUUCCCCAAACUGGUGAGAAUAGUGGUGCUGCUUUUCGUUCUGACCUGCUACUGCAGAGGCCCUGGCCCUGCCACAGGCUGCCUGGCGAGGGUGACCCGUGGGGCUGCGGCUGCCUGCAGGUAGCUCCUGCAAUGGGCUCGUUGCACAGCCCUCGUGUGGGGCGAGGAACCGGCUUUGCUGCGGGGUCGGUGGGGACUGGUGUGUGUGUAACAGUAACUCGAGAAGCACUCUGAGGUAUAAAGAUUCUCAUAAAGCUCAGUCUUGUAGGUUCAUGGCAGUAC